UAGCUCAAACCGGAUCCGGGCGUAAGGCGGGAGAAGAUAAGGCUUCAACUUUAUCCGAGACUUGCUUCGUCGACAUCGUUCAUCGUCUACAUCUCCAUAUAUCUUUCUUUCUCUGUAUAAUUCAAGAGCUGCUUCUUCUGUCGUUUGAUCUUCAAUGCACAGCUUCUUUUUGCACUGAAAAAUAUAGUCUUGGAUAUAUAACACUCAGCAGCAUCUCGUUCUAUCUACCGAUUACUUGCCACAACCUACUACUUUCUCAAAAUGUCGUCCUGGUUCUCUCGGCUGUACGAGUACAUCCUCUCGCUUUUCUGGUCGUCUGAGAUGGAUAUCACAUUACUCGGCCUGCAAAACGCGGGAAAGACCUCAUUAUUGCGUGUUCUGGGGGGCGGCGAUUUCACUUCAGACUCGAUUCCUACGAUCGGAUUUUCAAUGAAGCGGGUGCGGAAGGGAAGAGUGACAAUAAAAUGUUGGGAUUUGGGCGGUCAGCCGAGAUUCAGAUCAAUGUGGGAGCGAUAUUGCAAGGGCGUCAACGCCAUACUAUUCAUCGUCGACUCCGCAGACCCCGCCACACUACAAGUCGCGCGCAUGGAAUUCGAAGCGCUGGUCUCGAAGCCGUCACUAGAAGGUAUUCCGGUUCUCGUGCUGGGAAACAAGAACGAUCUGCCGGACGCGUACGACGUGGACGCGAUUAUCGAUGUCAUGAACCUCAAGAGCGUCGACGAUAGAGAGGUCUCGUGUUAUUCUAUCUCGGCAAAGGAGAACGUGAACGUGGAUGCGGUGCUGAAUUGGCUGGUUUCAAAGUCCAACUAAUCCCCUCUACUAUCUUCAAACAUCCUUCCUUCCAAUAUCCUGUACAUUCCCCCUUCUUUCUCCAACCCACAAGAUCAAGCAAUGUUCCAUCCACCAUACGCAUCGGACGUCAGUAUACAUAAUGUGAUCAGGAUCCCGAUUGUUCCGUCAUUGUAACAAACUGCUUUAUUCCCCCUACAACGAUUUCCAUCACCAAAAAACCUCAACCAGGUUCAAAUCCUGUCUUAUGUCAGAUACAUAACCACUCAAGCGAUCGUGUCAACUCGGUCGGAGGACCUCGAUAGUUUCUAUUUUUAUUAUUCACUGAUUGUAUAUCCAGUGGAUCAGCUACGGAGUUGUAAUUAUUUCUAUUUUUUCCGACAGUGUUGUUAUAGUUUUGGUUUUUAGUAUCUUGUUUAAUCUUUUGUUUAUGCUUUUGUUUCCGUGUGUUUUUAAUAAAGGUUUCUGACGCGCUGUGUCUCUUACAAGGUGG